AUGUGGAACAUGAUGCCGAUUGUUCCUGCGCCAUUUGUAGACAAACCUGAGAGUGACAAAAGAGUGAAUCUGGACAUCGCCCGCCCCCUUUGUGCGGGCAACUUAGCCGCCAAGCUGGAUUUCCUUCAGGUGAAGCACCUGAAGCGCAAGCGGAAGAGCAACUACAGUGUGAAAGAAACGCAGACCCUCAUCCGGGAGAUCCACAAGCGGAAGGACAUUCUCUUCUCCCGGCAGCAGAACACGGCAAUCAAUGAGCUGAAGAGGCGGACCUGGGACGAGGUGGCAGACUGCGUCAAUGCACUUGGCGAAGGUGAACUGCGCACAGCCGCAGAGGUCAAGAGGAGGUACCUGGACUGGAGGGCGUUAAUGAAGAGGAAGCAGAUCCGUGCUGAGCUCUCUGGCCUCAAGAACGAGUACAACUCCUCCUCUCCAGAUAAUGAAAACUCCCUGAGCGGGGACCAGUCUGCAGACCUGAGUGGUUUCCCCAAGGACUCAACCUGUGACUGGCAGGACCUAUCGGAUUUGGGAGAGCCCAGCAGCCACCUUUCCUCUGGCAUAAAGAUGGAGGAUGAGGAAGGCAACAACUACAGGCUCGAUGGCGAUACUGGAGAAGGCGAAGUAGAGGCAGAGGAAGAGGACGACGACUGCUUCCCAGCUAUUCUCCCUGACAUGGAGCGCGAAGGCCGUGUCCCAGAGGUUUUUGCCCACAUUGAUGAGUUUGGCAUGCUGAGUGCCACCAAGUCGGCAGCUGCUCGGGACUUAGGUGUGAGUUCUGGGAUGGGUGUGGCAGGUGUGGGUGUUACUAUGGGUGCUGCUGACAGCACAGGUGUGCUGAUUGCCCUGGAGAGGCAGCGGCUUGACCUGGAGAAGCACCGCCUGCAGGUGGAGACAGAGCGGCUGCAGGUGGAGCGAGAGCGCCUCCUGGUGGAGAAGGACAAGCUGCGACAGGUGGAGGUGGAACGGGAGCGGCUGCAGCUGGAGAAGGAACGGCUGCAGGUGGAGCGCGAACGCCUUCGGCUGCUCAUGUUCCAGGCGGAGAGGCCAGUGGCAACUGCUCAGCAAGCAGUGCCUGUUGACUGUAAGAAGGAGCACAAGCCCUGGCAACCUGUGGACCUGGAGUCAGAGAAGCUAAAGCUAGAGAAAGAGCGACUCCAGUUAGAGAAGGAGCGACUACAGUUCUUCAAGUUUGAAUCUGGCCGCCUACAAAUAGAAAAGGAACGCUUCCAGGUGGAGAAGGAGAGACUACAACUGCAGAAGGAUGGCCAGCAGUUGGCACUUCACCAGGGUCACUAGGGGGCAUAGUGUGGUAACCACCACAGAGAACAUAAUGUGACUUGAUGGGACUCUUGUCAGAAGAGCAGAGCUUUGAUAUUUAGAUGUCUACAGCUAGAUCAGGACUGAUAUCUUGGGGAAUCACAGCGGUUUCAUUUU